UGCACGCACCUCUGCUGAAAGUGAAGGGGUUGCUGCAGUCCACGUGGAGCUGAGAGAAGAGAGUUACAGCACAGCGCUGCCUUUUUCCGAACGAACGGAAGCUGGAAGCGAGAAGGAUAUAGACAACGGGAACCAAAACACAGCCCAAGGGUGUCGGAGUCAGUUGUUUGCUGUGCAAGAACGGCGGGAAUCAUGAACGAGGACGGGCUCGAGGGCAGCCUCCGCGAAGCAGCCGCUCGGUGUGGCAACGCGAGGAAGAAGAAGGUGCACGUGGGCGCAGCGAUCAUGCCGGAUUAUCUGAACCAGCACUACGAUCCCUACAGCGCCGUGCUCAAUAGAGAGUUCAACAGCGUCGUCAUCGAGCACCACAUGAAGUGGAAGCCUUUGCUCGUCGGCGGUGAUGAGGGAGUGUACGACUUCCGUCCUUGCGACAAGAUCGUGGACUGGGCGAUCGACAAGGGCAUGGAGGUCAAGGGGCACACCCUCUGCUGGCACGUCACGACCCCCGACUUCGCCGAGGACAUGUCCGCCUCUCGCCUCCGAGAGGCCCUCUACCGGCACAUCCGCACGACGAUGGGGCACUUCUACGGGAGGGUGAGCUCCUGGGACGUGGUGAACGAGGCCCUGUGCCAGGACUGCAGCGGGAGGAUGGAGGACAACGUCUUCCUCAGGAAGCUGGGGCCGGGCUACGUCGACGACUGCUUCAGGGUGGCGCACCAGAUCGACCCGAACGCAAAGCUGAUCUACAACGACAACAAGGGGGAGGGGGCGGGGCUGCCUGGCGGGCGGUCCCGCAAGGCCGACGCCAUGUACGACAUGCUGAAAGGCAUGAAGGAAAGGGGCGUUCCGGUCCAUGGCGCGGGAUUGCAGGGGCACUUCACGGCCGCGGGUACAGGAAUGAGGAGAACCCCAACCCCUCACUCCGUCCAGCGACAGGUUCGGCGGCUGGGAGAGCUCGGGCUUAGCGUUAACAUCAGCGAGAUGGACGUGCGCGUCGCCGGGCUCCCCGACGGCGUAGAUGGCGAAACGGCUCAGGCAGCCAUCUACGGCGACAUUCUGGAGGCUUGCCUCACCGAGGAGGCCUUCGACGGUCUCACGCUCUGGGGGUUCACCGAUCUGCACAGCUGGGUGCACAACUUCUACGAGCCGGACAGCCCCCUCCCCUGGGACCAAGAGUUCCAACCGAAGAGGCCGGUGGUCGGGGCAAUGCGCGAGGCACUCCUGUGA